UUUGAGGUACGUGUGUCAACAUAAGUUUUUGAUUUAACCUCAUUUAACCUUAAAUUUCGUUUUAUCUGGUUUCUGUGUUCUUUUGAAUCAGUUGUAAUUUGAAAUGCAGAAACUAUGUCGAGAAUAGUUGAGUCUUUGAAAAAAUUAAAUGUCGAAAACGACGCGGAGUCAUACCGACAAGACAAUGAUAGGAUCAACAAGAAGGUCGAAUUGUCGCUAUCACUGGAAGAAAGAGUGUCACUCAAUCAGAAUGACUACAUAUUAUCUGUUUAUGGAACCCAAAGUGAGCCAGAAUUUAGGAUUGGAGCAGCAUUGUCAGAUCACUCUUGCAUAAUAUAUUCUGUUGGCGAAUCUUUGAACCGAAUGAUUAUGCUAGACCAUAAUCAAUCACCCAUCGUAGGAAUUAAGUUCAGUCCUAUUUCUAAAAAUGUAUUAUAUAUCGCAACUAACGAUGGAUUAAUUACAGCGUGUGAUUUGCGUGCUAAGGGAAAGGUUGUGGCAGAAUUUAAAGAUAAUACAGAAAAUGGCAAAAUAAAACCUUUAGCUAGCUUUGACCUUAGCUGUGAUGAAAGGCUCAUAGUUGGUGGGACAGAGCACACGAGUGGAGAUGCAUUUAUUCUGUUUUGGGACAUAAGACAAAGUAAUUCAAAACUAGAAAAUAAAAACAAUCUCCUUGGUGGAUAUUGGGAAUCGCAUAUGGAUGAUAUAACUUGUCUGACCUUUCAUCCUGUCAAGCGAAAUGUUUUGGUAUCUGGUAGUACAGAUGGUUUGAUGAAUAUAUUUGACCUGACACAAUCCUCAGAAGAUUUGGCUUUAACUUGUUCUUUAAAUACCGAAUCAUCCGUGGAUAGACUGGGUUGGUUAACUGAUGAUUCUCUAUGGUGUACAACACAUACACAAACGUUACAGUUAUGGGAAUGUGAAGGUGCUAGUGCAUAUGCAACAUUUGCGCGUAGUGAUUUAGCCAUGUCACAAAAUGAUGAUCCUGAUAAUUGUUACUUGGUAAGAUUCCAUGCCACUAAUGCUUUUGGACAACCAUUCGUAUUAGCGGGUUCUAGCACAGUUAAAGGGGAAAAUCUAAAAUGCUUGAAUAUUAAGAAGAAUCGUUUGGAAACAUAUUAUGAAAUUGUAGGGAAUAAACAAAUAGUACGGGACAGCUGGAUGCAUGAGAAGAGUGGAAGCUUGGUGACAGUUGGUGAGAAAGGUACUGUCAAUAUUUGGCGACAAAUGGAAUCGUCGAUACAGCAAAAUUCAAGUCAUAAGUUGUUAACUAAAAUUGGAACUGAUCGUGAUCGGCAUCACAGAACUAAACCCUAUUAAAAUAAACAUUUAGGAAAAAAAUAUAUUAAUGCGGAAAAGUUUUGCCAUAAAGUGAUUGUAUCACAGCGGAAUUGGAACAAUGAACAAAGUAUCAUAAUUGUAUAUUUCCCUCACAUUCUUCUUUAUUACAAUAACAGUUGUAUGUACAUUUAUAAUAAAUAGGUAUUAUUUGUUUAUGCGAUUA